AUGAACUCGAAGCGGUCUAUCGGCUUCCUCUCCGAGCUGGUCUUUGGCGCCACCGAGGCAGAGUCCGAGCCUUGGCCCGAGGCUGAGCUCUCGUUUGGUGGUGAUCUCUCGGUCAUUGCGCCCGACACUGUGACGGCUGCUCCUGCCGAGCUCGACGAGCUGCAUGGAGCCAUUGCCGCCCAGAUGGAGGCACUCCGUUCCGAGCUCUACGACUCGGCCCCGCUGACCCGCUCGGCCUCGGCCUCGGCCUCGGACUCGGACUCGGGCUCCGAGUCAGAGCCCGAGUCUGACGACGCCGCGCUCGCUGCCACACCCGACCGCAGCAACCGGCUCCCUGAAGAGGGUGACUACUCGAUUGUGUACAAGGGCUGCGAGGCCGACAAGAUCCAGUUUUUCCGCAAUGUGGCGCCUGUCUCUCCGGCGUCCGACGCCUCUUCCGAUGUCUCGUCGUCGACGGCCUCCUCGUCCAUGGCCUCCUCGCCGUCGGCCGCAGACUCGGCGUCGUACGGCUACGACUCGGUUGGCCUUGAGGCCUCGAUCAUGCGCGGCCGCGCGCUCGAACAGCCGCUCGACUCGGAUUCGGUCGCCUCGACCCGGUUCCAGGACGUCGCCCUCGCCCUGCCCGCCUCCCAUCCUGCCGACGUCGACGAGACCGAGGAGGAGAGUGAGUCCGACGACGACGCCGAAGCGUGCGAUGGUGAUGACGACGUCAUGUAUCUUCUCUCGCGCGCGUCCAAGCUCCAUGCCGCCGUCCGCGACACUGACUUUACGCCGUCCAAGACCAAGAUGCGCGAGAGCCUGCGCUCGCGCCCGGCCUCGCUCCGCAAGGCCCCGCUCGACUUUGCCUCGUCCGACGAGGUCAUGGAGUUGCAAAUGCUGGAAGACGCCGUCUCGCAGCUCUCCAAGGAGGUCAAGACCGCGUCCAAGCGCGAGCAGGAGUCGAUCUCGGCCGAGGCCCAGGCCGAAAUCACCUCACUCCGUUCGCAGCUCUUUGAGGCCCGCAAAGACCUCGCCGACCGCCGCAAGUCGCGCGCUGCCCGCAACGAAGAGCUUGUCUCGCUUCGCGCUACAGUCUCCCAGCUCAAGUCGACCCUCAAGUCGCGCGAGCUCCGCUCGCUCACGGCUGAGAUGGAAGCCAAGCAGGGCUGGGUCGGCUCGGUCUCGGGCAUGACCGGCUCGGUCUCCAAGCUCAUGCAGACGGCACAGGCCAACAUUGCGUCGCUUGAAGAGCAGAUCGAGACCGUCAAGAGCCAGAAGGAGCGCGAGAAGCUAGAAAUCGUGGUCGAGCAGAUGCGCCUCGAGCGCGAGCGUGCCGAUCUCCAAACCCGCAUGGAGUCCACGGUUUCCGAGCUUGGCACCAAAAACGCCGAGCUCGCCCGCAAGGCCGACGAGCUCGAGGCUCGCAACCGCAACCUUGAGCGCCAGCAUCUCGAAGUCGAGAAAGAGCUCCGCGAGCAGCUUGCCGACCUUUACACCGAGCGCUCGCGCGCGCUUGACACCGUCGCCGCCCUCGAGUCCAAGCUCUCCAAGACGUCGCAGGCUUGGGACCUGCAGCGAGUCCGUCUCGAGACGCAAAUCACUGAGCUGCAGACCCAGCUCGAGGUGCUUCGCCUCAAAAAGUCCAACAUGGAGCAGGUCUACACCCGCCAGCUGACCGAGACCUCCACCGCAGCCGAGUCGGCCCAGUCUAUGACUCGCGAGCUGCAGGACGAGAACAAUGCGCUCGCCGACGCGCUCCUCGCCUCGGCUCGCGACCAGGUCAUCAAGGCCACCGAGGCUGCCGAGGCUGUCGCCGAAGUUGAGGCCCUCCGCGCCCAGCUCGCCGCCAAGGAGACCGAGCUUGUUGCCCAGAUUGCCGCCCUUGAGGCCCAGCUUCAGUCUGCCGACAACGCCAUUGUCCGCCUCGAGUCGCAGGCGUCUUCCGCCCAGAACGAGGCCUCGGCCACCAUUGCUGAGCUGGAGGCACAGAUCACCAUGCUCCAAGAGGCGCUCGACGAGAAGGAGGCCGCCGAGGCCGCGCAGGCCGCGCACAUCCGUGCGCUCCUCGCUGAGCUUCAGUGCAACGCCGCCCUUGCCGAUCAGCCGGGCGCCGAGCUGGACGACCAGCUCCUCUCGUCAGCCAAGCACCACAUCAAGGUUGCCAUGGAGCGGGCCAAGACCGAGCACGCCCUCUCCAAGCGCGACCGCAUGAUCGAGGCGCUCCGCAACCAGCUCGACGAGGUCACCUCGCGCUACGCCACCGAGCGCGCGGUCAUCCAGGCUGGUAUGGACUCGAUGCGCGCCACCCUGCUGCAGUACGCCCGCGACGCCGCUGCCGCGCAGAGCGAGCACAAGGCGGAGCUCUCUGAGGCCCUCGAAGCCAAGGCCAAGCUCGAGUCGCACGUUGAGCACCUCAAGGCCAAGGUCUCGCGGGUCCGCCGCCAGUCGUCGGCGCUCGACGCCUCGAACGCGCUCGACGCCUACCACCAGGUUGUCGCCAAGGAGCGCAUUCAUGCCGAGCUUGUUGGCGCCCCGUCGUCGCCGCUCCGCGGCUCGCCCAUGCGCAACCGCAUGAUGGCCGCCCGCGCCGCCGCCGCGCCCGCCACGCCCAACAACGAGAACGUCUUUGUCGUCGCCGGCUCGCCAGGCAUCCGCACCCCUGCCUCAGCCUCUAAGCGCCAUACACCGUCGCGGGCGGCUGCCUCGCCGCUCACCCCGUCGCAGGCAAACAACCUCGCCUGGUACGACGCCCGCCUCGAGCUGCAGAAGGCCGCCCUGCAGGACGCCAUCAACCAGCGCUACGCUUCGGGCCUUUCGCCGCUCCGCAAGCCGACCCCGUCGCGUGCGCCUGCGUCGUCUGCCUCGUCCUCCUCGUUCUCCUCACUCGCCACCGACUCGGCCGUCAGCUCGUACUCGCCGGCCUCGACCGCGUCAUCGCCGGCUAACAACUCGGCCUCGUACUCGCCAUACUCGCCGUACUCGCCGUACUCGCUGGCGUCGUCGUCAUACGCCGCAGCCAGCUUUGGUUACGGUCGUCCGCCGUUUGCUCCUCGCAUCCUCGGCCAGUGGUGA